UUGCAACUCUCUCGGAGCAACCACUCAAGCACAAGCAAUCAAGCAGUCAAGCAAGCAAGCACAAUGUCGAACCAGGAGAAAAGGGAGAACCCGCCCGUGGAGGUGGAGGAAGACGACGACGAGCCGGAUGAAUGGGACAAGCGGAUCUUCAGCACCGGCUGUGCAGCGGAGCAAAUGAAAAUGAACGACUGCUGGUUCGAAAAGAAAGACUGGCGCCAGUGCCAGAGUGAGAUGGAAACCUUCCGCGAAUGCUGGAAACGCCAGGGCAACGACGAGCGCACACAGACCAAGGAUGCUUAACUGAUACCGAUACUACAGACAAUUUGUAACAAUAGAAUAAUACUAGAAUCUUCACUCCAAAAAUACUCAAUUGCUCUAUC